AUGGCUUUCUUCAAGCGUCUCCUCCCGGUUCUUUUCCAGACGAAUCGACACACGGACCCCACCCGCUCGAAAUCGGAUGGCACUUCUACCGAUAUCUCGUUUCUUUCUCGAGGCUGCCAGCGCGCAACAGAAGCAAAGAUCUCCUCUGACACCGCGUAUGCCCAAUUUGCUAUACGUAUUCGACGCUCGAAUCCUCUAUGUCGCAUGCUCCAGGCGCAGUACGGCGGUUCUCCUAUCGACGUCCAAUCACCACAUGUUCCGGCUUGCCCUACGUCGUCUGAGGCAUCUCGGGCAAGAUGUGAUUCCAGCGCUGUGCCGCCUCUAGCUGCUCACGCAAGAUCUCCAACACUUUUGUAUUUCGGGGACCAAAUCGUGGAUGGAGACGCUGUCGAGAGACGCUCUAGUAUGGCUAGCUUGGUUCCAACGGAGCUCGUUCCUUCGUGUCUAUCGGCGGCGGCGUUGCCCAUCUACUCCGGGUUGUCCGAGGAUGUGUCACCUACUGAUGAAUCUCAUGGGCUUGCCAAACUAAAAUACCGGACUUCGUGGAAGCUCGAUCCAGACGGGCCAGCUCGUGGUGACGGUUUUGCAUCUAGAGCAUCAGUACCAAACUCUUCUAUCUCAGCCGAGGCCUCUAACGCAAAUGAUGAAGCGACUGCACCUGUGUCUGAUGACUCACAAAAUAUACUGUAUUACGAAUUUCCCUCUACCUCGUUGCUCUCCUCCGAUGCCACCUUCAGUAACGAGAUGAACAACGUCAGACCGGACGUCUAUCGAUACGGCGAUACCAUCGUCCCCUUUCAUCACCUUCCAUCUCCGAAAAUCACGCUGGAAGCAGCAACACUCGCCCUCCUCGAAUGCCCCACCCGAGCUUCCUCCUUUAGCUUCGGCAAACGCACCGACACAAAACCCCCAGAAACGCUCGACUCCAUCCUCGCGCGCAAGCCGCUCACAUUCCCAUUCCGACUCGGAGGAGGCAGCGGCCACACCACGACCCAGUUCCACCUCAUCAAAGAAAUCGGGCGCGGCUCCUUCGGCGCGGUGUGCUACGCCCUCUCCUCCGCCGGCGACGAGGUCGCGAUCAAGAUCGUCGACAAGGCCGGCACGCUCUUCAACCACCCGCACUUUGGCGGCAGUGACGAGACGCUCGAGGCGGGCCUGCGCGGUGUCGUGCGCUGGGUCGGCGAGGAGCUCUCGGCGCUCAGGCGCGUUAGUGAGGACGUAGUCGGCGCUGGCGGGUGCCCGUUCGUUGCGCCGCUGCUGUGCGCGUUUGCGGAUCGGGGUAGUUUCUAUAUGGUCAUGAGAAUGUACCCAGAAAAUCUCCACCAGGCGAUGCAGCACUCGACACCCCGCUGCCGUGUCCCGGAAUAUCUCAUCAGGCUAUGGGCAGCUGAGCUCCUCGUAGCUCUCGAGGCUCUGCACGCAGCACGCAUCGUCCACCGCGACGUCAAGCCCGAAAACGUGCUGAUCAGCCCCAGCGGCCACAUCGCCCUCGCCGACUUCGGGCUUGCGUCCACGCACGCGCGCUGGCUCCCGCUCGACGCCAUCCGCAUCGCCGACGACGACCCUGCGUAUCCGGUCGGCACGCCCGGGUACAUGGCGCCCGAGCAGCUCGGGCAGGCGGGGCCGCACGGGUGCGCGUACGGGCACAAGGUUGAUAUGUAUGCGUGGGCGUUGGUGAUUUUGGAGAUGUUUAUUGGGGAUGGACGGAGCUGGUUCCAGGUCUCCGACCGGUAUUUUGAUCCAGGACGGAUAUCAGCCGUCGAACCACGGCCGGCACAAUUGGUCGAGGAGUUUGUCCAUGACCGCGAUGCUCAAGACUUGUUAUUCCGGGUACUCGCUCCCGAGCCGUCUUUGCGCCCCGAAUGGAACGAAAUCCGGACGAUGCCCUACUUCGCCGAUAUCGACUGGAACCUGCUCAAAGCGCGCGCGUACGAUCCGAUAUACCGUCCCUGUCUCCGCCGCCGCCUUGUGCGCCCCGUCGGCUCCGCGCUGCACAAAAUCCGCAAAGAGCUCGGCGGCUCGAACUACCGUCACUUGCGCAGGGCGUGCCAGAUCCGCGGCGCGGAGCUCGUGCGCGAUAUGCCCUUCGAGUACGUCGCACCACCGGGGGUGCUCUACGACAGGAAGCACGGCGUCAGCUGUCUCGCGAAGGGAGACGUCGACAGGUGCUGGUGCGCGGAGCCGAGUCAUUGGCAUAUUGCCGAAUCUUAGGCUUGAUGUUUAGCAUUUUUUCGCUCUUUUGAUAUUCGUUCGUUCGUUCUUUGUCCACGGCUUUUGACGGUGAUUCUGCGAGUUCUAGAGACGCUCAUCCGUCCUGCUCCCCUUCCUGCACGCUUGCCAG